UCCACUGCAAAAUAAUUUCUCCAUUAAGUACACAAACACAAUGUAUUCUUCUGGUGGUAAUGAUGAGAAACCUAUUAACAUGAUGGUUACUACUUGUAGCAGAAAGGAGUUGCAGCUUCAGGGGCCAAGACCUCCACCACUUAAAGUACUACUUAAGGAUUCAAUCUAUUCCGCUAGUAAUAAAGUUAUCAGCAAGAAACCUACUACCAACAUCAAUCAUGAUUCUCGGCAUCUGUUCAUCGGUCGUCGUCAUCGUAAAUCCAAUUUGGGGAAUCAACCCAUCGUAAUUCACUUAAGGUCACCAAAGAUCAUUCAUACUCGACCUCAAGAUUUCAUGGAUUUAGUGCAACAACUUACUGGAAAUCAUCAUCACCAGUGUGCCGAAGCUAACGUUGAAGAGGAUGACCAUUGGAACAAUUCUGAUGAGACUCGAUCCAACAAAGAAGUUAACGAUGAUGAAGGCAUGAUCAUCAAUAACAAAGAUAUUAAAGAUGAUGAUCCGUUUUUAGAGUUGCAGCUUAACUGUUCAUCAGCUUCAUCUGAUCAAGGUGUUAGUACGAUUUCAUCUUUGAAGGGUUCAAAAAUUUUUUCACCAGUGUUUGCAAAUACUAGGUUCAUAUCUUCUCCUCCAAAUACUUGUACAAUCUCGUCAAACUGGCAGGAUUUUGGUGGUUCAAUAUUUGGAUAGUAUUGUAUUCGA